AAUACAUAUUUAUUUCAAGUAAAUAGUCAUGAAAGGUCUUUUUCCAAAGAUAAUUUUCAACUAGCAUUUGUAUCGCUGGCAUAAACAAAAUUACUUUCUGGUGUUUGGAGACAAAACGCAUUCACUUGUGAAAUGCACUUCAGAUUUUCCCCCAAACAAAACAACCCAGUUAUUUAUUCCUACUACAUUCAAUGCUGAUGUUAGUUAAAUCUCAUACUCGGUACGGGUAAGUGGGCAUACUAAUAGUUUCCGCCGGUAUCAGGCAUCCGAGACCUGCCAAAUAGCGGAGGAGAAAACCUGCCAAAUUGGCUCAGCCCGCCGUAUCCACGGCGGCGUUGGCGUUGGGAGCACUCCCGGAGAUUAACACGGUCUCCAUCCCAGAGAGAGGACCCCGGAAGUCCUCCCAGCUCCAUGAAAAGCCGUCCUCGAGGUCAACUUCCACCGCCCCACAAGCGGCGCUGGCAGGGGAUGAUGGGAGCAGCCGUCCGACCAUCUGGCGAACAACUAAGAAGCGGCGCUUACCCGGGAGCGCUGUCCGCCGCCCGCCCAUUCGUAUCCGGGUCUCAAACUGUGUGGGCGGCCCUUGAGCGUUUCUCCGCCGCCGCCGCAGCCGCCGUCUCUCCGCAGGCUCAGGUGCGCAAGCGGGGAAAGAGGAGGAGGAGGAGGCGGCGGCGGGAGCGCAAGUAGCAACGGCAAGCCGGAUCGGAGCGCCUGAAACAGCAGGCAUGUCCCACUUUGAAAACAAAAGGCUACUAUUUGGCUUAAUGGCAGGAGCUGCAGGAGUAACCUUUGUCCUGUGUUGGUAUCUCAAGACGCAGAAACGCAGCAAAGGUAUGCAUUUGCCUGUAUUUCCAAAUUCAGCCAGCGGUUUUGAUUUAAUAGAUUUUCCAUAUGAAACUCACCAAGAAGAAAAGACAGUUUUGCUGUUACAAGGAAGACAGCUUCAGAUACUGGAGAAAUUGAAUGGCUUGGUGGUAAGUGUGGAAGAACUUAAAAGAGAAUUGACGUUUCUGAAAGAAGCUAUUCCAAAGUUGGAUGAACUUGUUCGAGAUGAACUUCAAGGAAAAACAGAAAGUCGCAGAACCAGCCCUUCCCAUAGGUCUGCAAAGAAGAGAAAGACUGAGGCAGCAGCUCCAGGUGUAUCUGAUACCACCAGUUCUGAAGAGACGGAAAGUGAAGGCGGUUACAUGACAGCUCAUACUGAUACUGAAGGAGAAUCUGAGGAAGAAAAGGGAUUGAUCAAUUCCUCUGUAUCUUCUUUGACCCCAGAAGAAAAAAUAGACUUAUCUAAUCUUCUGCAGGAGGUGGACAGAAUGCAUGCUGGCUCGGAACAUGAGAAAAGAGAAAGCUUUAAACUAUUGCUUGAAAGAGAAGAAGAGUAUCGAAACCAUCCUGGCUUUCUUUGGAGACUUGUCCGAGCUUAUGGAGACAUGUUUGACUUAACUACAGAUGCUGAGGAGAAAAAGAAUUAUGCUGCUGAAGGAAAACUUGUGGGAGAGAAUGCAAUUCACUUGGAUCCAUCAAGUGCUGAGAGUCAUCAGUGCCAAUGUAUGAGAUAUUUUAUCAUGACACUUAAUACGCAAAAAAACACACUAAAUGAUUUUUUUUCCACCUUUCCCUUCUUCCUGUUGGGAUUUCCAAAGGUCGCUCAGUUGUCUUGGAUUGAGAAAAAAGUAGCUGCUGCUCUUUUUGGGACUCCGCCAACUUCGACAAUACACGAGGCUUUGCAGAAUUUCCUGAAGGCUGAAGAAAUACAUCCCAGAUAUUCUAAAUGCAACUAUGUGUAUUUGGCAAAGUGCUACAAAGAUCUGGGCCAGAGGAGCAAUGCUCUGAGUUGCUGUGAAAGAGCAUUGUCCAUUCUGCCGGUCACCAAAGAGGAUCAAGAAGCUGAGAAAGUUUUAGAAACUUUACUUCCAUCCUUGAAGCUUUGACGAUGACACGAACACCAUUUGGGUUCUAU